AAAUUUAUUCAAGUCUGGACCGUUUUUUGAUGGCAUUUAAAGCUUUCAUUUAUCAAACAGUGGCAAAGAAAUUAACAAUGGCGACUGUAGUUUACUUGAAGCGCGUCUAUAGAUAGUCCGUCAUCCUUUUCUUACAUUAUAUCGACACUAUUUACGGAGACACUGCUUUCAUCGGCGAAUGAUCUUUUUACGAGUAGAGUAGACUGAUAAGAAAUAUUCCCCGUUACCUUCGCACUGUAUGUUUUGGGAGUUUCUCUUUCGCGUAUACAAUUAGCCGCGCUUUUAAAUUUAUCGCAACAUUUUUGGUUUGACAACAAUGUAAUCGUAUAACUUAAUCCUAAAUAAUAGUUCGCAGUGUAUUAUAAAGCAAAUCUCAGAAUAAUAAAGUUGUAAUGAGAUAAAACCACAAUGUUCACUACAAACGCUGUACAAGCCGGCUCAGUACCGACUCUACAAUACCAGGAGCAUCCACAAAAAUCGCAAGGAAAAAACAUUGAAAAUGCUCAACAGAAAACGCAGCAAACACAACAAACACAACAGGAAUUUCCCACAUUUUGUUAUACAACUAAUGUUAAUAUGAUUGGCAAAAUUGGUACUGAGACAGCUGGAGGAGCAGGUGGUGUCACAGGAGGAGUGAACAUUGCCCAACUGACCACUAGUGAUGACAAGACAUGCUACAUAGCUCAACCAUUCUCAUACAAUUAUGCCUUAGUAAAUCAAAUGCAAAUAGCACCCAAUGGUAUUCAAAACACAAUAUCAAAUAUUAGUUUUAAAUGUGAUGUUUGCGGAUUAAUGUUUGGCCACCUCACACUUCUUAAUGCUCAUAAACGGAUUCAUGCUCAAGAUGCAGAUAGCAAUAUUACAGUAGUCGCAACAGGAGUCAGCACCUCAAACGAAGUAACAAUGCCACCUCAUAUUCAAAUUCUUUCAGCAGAUCCUAAUGAUCAACAACAGCAUCACGUGCAAAUACAAGACACUAAACCAGUAAUAAUUGACAAAGUCCAAAAGUGCAUUACAUGUGGAGGACCAAUAGCAAAUAAUCCUAAAAGAAAAGGACCGAAACUCAUUAGGUGUGAAAACUGCAUAGCUCAAGAUUCAGUCGAACAAAGAAAUAAUCAAAUUAACUCAGCACAAAUAUUUGUAGCAACAGAAAAUAAUGUUAAAUUUGAAGUAGGUGGUGUGAGUGGAGUUCAAAAUUCAACUGAUCCACUAGCAACAGCGCAGAACAAUCAACAACAACAAAAACCUUUGCCAGGCCACCAUCCUGUGAAAAAAAGAAAUUUAGCAUCAGUAACAAAAUGUCAGAACUGUAAUGGUUCUGGUAUAGUAUUUGUUGGUGGAAAUAAAAACAAAAAUAACCAAGCAAAUGCAGACAAACCAUUCCAUUGUAACAUAUGUGGAGGCUCUUUCUCAAGAUAUUCUUCAUUAUGGUCACAUAAAAAGUUACAUUCUGGUGAAAAAAAUUUCAAAUGUGGCAUAUGUGGUAUUGCAUUUGCGAAAGCCGUGUACCUUAAAAAUCACUCAAGAAUCCAUACCGGCGAAAAACCUUACAGAUGUCAAACUUGUGGAAUGCAGUUUUCUCAGUCUCCGCAUUUGAAAAAUCAUGAAAGAACACAUUCAGGAGAGAAACCUUAUGUGUGUGAGGUCUGUGAUAAAGGUUUUGCGAGGCAUGCGACGUUAUGGAAUCAUCGACGUAUACAUACCGGAGAGAAACCUUACAAGUGUGAAACUUGUGGUUCAGCAUUUAGUCAAGCAGCACAUCUUAAAAACCAUGCUAAAGUGCAUUCUGGCGAGAAACCUUUUAAGUGUGAUAUAUGUACUGCUGCUUUUGCUGAUCGCUUCGCAUUAAAACGACAUCGAGGGAUACACGAUAAAUAUGGUCAAACUGCUCCACUACCUUCAAGAAUACAACAAAAUCAGCAAGAACAGCAACAAGGGUCACAACAACAACAGAGUAGUGAACAACAAGGAACGCAAACAACGGUUGAAGUUGAACUUCGGAAUGAUCAAACUCUAUGAGUUUAGUUUUAAAUUAAGUUCAAUAUUUAUUCCCCACCACAUUGUAAGAUUUGUACUAGAUAAAUAUAAAGAAACAUAGUUACGUAAUUGUACAUAGUUUAAAUAACUCAUAGAAUCAAGUAUAAUUUAACAGGAGUUAUUUUUAUGUAGAUGUAACACUACAAGGAAAAAUCAUGAAAUAUGGAAAUGUGGUUUUAUUACCUAAGUAGUCUAUAUUAGCAGGUCCCUUUAUUUUGUUGUAAGAGUGAAUUGGAUACAAGGAGCGACACAACACUGCCAAUACAUACUAGUGCAAGAUUUAAUAUAACAUCAACAUUUAUUUUUGUAUUUUUAGCAAUACAUUGUGUCCAGUUGUAUAGGUGGGCUAUUUGAUGGGCUCCAUGUUUGUACUCGUGUAAUAUAAUUAUUAAUAUUAGGGGAUUAUCAUUGGCUGUGGAAUUAAGAAAUUAUGUUUUAUAUCAUAAUUUUGAUAUAAAAUUAGGAACCUGGUAUUGGUGUUACUCUUCGCUCACACAUGUAAAUAUAUAUCGUAGGAUAAAGAUGGUCAAGUUGUAUUCAGUGGUUUUAAUUCACAUACUGUAAAAUUCUAAAUAAGUCGACCUUGGUUACUUAAUUAUUCUUAACACGUUGAACACCAUGGGGGUCACCAGUUGGGCAUCACUUAUUGGGCCCACUUUAAAGAGCUUAUUUACAAAAUUUUAAUGAUAAGUUUUUAUUCCACCACCAUACCUAUUUCUCACGGUCAUGCAGUGUCCGCCACGGAACCAACGGACCCAUAGUCCAAACAGAAAAACUAAAAAAUCAAGGCGGCGUUUAACGUGUUAUAUAGAAAGAAAUGUAGUUUUUUUAUACAAUUCUUGUAAUAAAUUGAAUUUGGUCAGAGAUGUAACUACAAAGUUGUAAAAUCAAAUGCACCCAAAUGAUGCAUUUCUGUAGUUACUAGAUAUCGUUUAUUAUUUAAGAAUGACCCAAAAGCAUAUUAAAAGAAACAAGACAGUU